AUGGCUCCCGCACAUUCCAAAACGCAUGACACCGGUUUGGGAAACCGAAACCUCCUGGAUAAGAUAGACAAGUUGAGAGAACUUGGGGUUUCCAAACAGAUCGCUCUCCCUCAGCUCGUCGUCGUCGGAGACCAGUCUUCUGGAAAGUCCAGCGUUCUUGAGAGUCUCACCGGAUACUACUUCCCUCGAUCAGUUGGCCUCUGUACCCGCCACUCCACCGAGAUCGUCUGUCGUCGAGAAGCCAUACCCAGCAUUGUCGUGACCAUUCAGCCUGCUGAAGCCACCCCAGAGAGGGCUGAGCUUGCGAGGUUGUUCCGGCAUGAGCUGAAGGAGUUGAAGGGUCAGGCGUUUGCAGAUGUCCUUCGGGAGGCUGCGCGAGUGAUGGGCUUGAGGAGCAAUGAGGACUCUGAAGGUGCUUCUUUCAGCAAAGAUGUCCUUCGCGUUGAGAUUUGCGGCCCUCACGAGGAGCACUUGACAGUCAUUGACGUUCCUGGCAUAUUUGAGAAUGCACAAGAUGGCAUCUCGACAGCUAGAGACGUUACCUUGGUCAAGUCCAUGGUGAAAGAUUACAUCAAGGAUUCGAGAACGAUCAUUCUCGCAGUCAUCCCUUGCAAUGUGGAUGUAGCAACCCAGACUAUUCUCACCUACGCUGCCGAAGCUGAUCCCGAGGGCAAGCGCACAUUGGGUGUCCUCACAAAGCCUGAUCUCGUGAGCGAGAACGCCACCCGUGAGGCAGCGAUGGACCUUGUCCGCGGUAAGAGACGGGAUAUCCAGGUGGGCUACUACGUAGUCAAGAACCGUGGCGCCGACGAUACUUGCUCCAGCAAAGAGGACCGCGAUCUCGAGGAGAAGAUGUUCUUUGGUGAGGAGCCGUGGUCUAGACUCGACAAGUCUCGCCUGGGAAUCCCGGCAUUGCGCAUCCGUUUACGCGAACUACUCAUGGACCGGACCAAGAGCGAGUUUCCCAAUGUUAGACGCGAGAUCAACGAGCGUCUUGCCGAGGCAAAGGCUCAGCUCGAGGCCCUUGGACAGCCUCGAAGCACAGCCGACGAGCAGCGAGCAUACCUUGGCAAGAUUGAGAAGCUGUUGGUCAAGACGGACGACUCUGAGUCCGGAGCCGCUUCAGACGGCGACAACAGCGAGGAUGAGAAUGACACAAGAGACGACCUCUACGAUAUUACAUUCCCGUUGCCAUCUGAUGAGUAUGGUGAGCUCGAUGUAGUCCUGUCGGAACCCUGCAGAUGCCCUGCGCCUCAGGAUGACAGCAUCAUGAAGCAUCUUGAGCAGCUAUAUCUCAAGUCUCGCGGCUUUGAGAUGGGCACAGCGAAGUUGCUCAUCCAUGUCGAGAGAGAGGGUCGCUCCAUCAUUUAUAAUCCUUCCUUUGACAGAGCGCUGAACAAGGUCAAGGCUGAAAGAAACGCCAAGAAAUUUGACGACCUCAAGGUCUGCCUUCCUCUGGACAUGGAGAAUACCGACGUUGUCAAGUACGACGACUUGAAGAAGGCACCAUCUCCUGCAGAGGAUAUCAGCGCGACUAGCUGCAUCAUCCAUGAUGUCCUGCAGAGUUACUAUGAGGUUGCCAGUGCUCGUUUCUCGGACAUGGUCUGCACCCAGGUCAUCGACUACGUCCUUCUCGGCGCGAACAACAGCCCUCUCAAUGUUUUGUCGGCGAACCGCAUCUUCAAGAUGACGGCUGAGCAGUUGGACAUGGUUGCCGGCGAAGACGCCUUGAGCAAGUCUGCUCGUGAGAUGUUGAAGAAUGACAUCAAGCUAUUCGAGCAGGGAAGGAAGGUUCUUCGCACUUGA